CCACAACGACAAAGAAAAGUUUGUGGUUUUAACGUUAGUAAAGAUUUUGUCAACCGUAACAUGAAGAACUUGUCAAUUGUUACUUCAGCUGGAAUUGUGAAUGGAGUGUUAGCUGUUUAUUGGGAAUUAGCUGAACUGUUUGAUAAACUUGAAGAAUGGAGGGAUGCAAUAGAUGUUUAUGAAAUAUAUCUUCAUAUCGUCAACAAUGAUAAAAAUAUAGCAAAACAAAAGAACGCUAUGGAACGUCUGAUACGAUUAUAUGAGGAGGAAGGACGUGAUUUGCAAAGGGAUUCGAUGAAAGAGAAGUUACAUGAAGUUGACAAAAUUAUAGAAUUGCAACUACAAGAAUGGAAAUGUAAUGAUCCAUCGAUAAAACACCAAAAAUUAUUUUUAAAAAUGAUUGAGUAUGGGCGAGAUCCUAAUGUGAACGUUGAACUUUUAAAAGAUGUUCGAGUAAUAUUCUCAGAUGAAUUUUGCAUUGGCAAAGGAAGUGAUGGAACCCGUGUUUAUCUUGGACUGGGAAACAACGGUUAUGGAAAAGCAGUAAAGCGAAUACACAAAGAUAGCGGCAAAGACUUUGCAAAUCGAGAAAAAGAAAUUUUGAAUGUGUUGAAUGCAAAGCGCUCAAAUUAUGUUGUGAAUUUUUGCCAUUUAGAAGAGAACUUUGACGAAGACUAUUUGUACGUGAUAUUGGAUUUGUGUGAAGAAUCGUUAGAGAAUUAUGUGAAAUCUUUAUCUUUGCAAGACCUUCAAAAAGUCGUUCCUAAAGUUCUUAUUCAGAUCUUAAAUGGUCUUGUUCACCUUCACAGUGGUCAGCCUCCUAUUCUUCAUCGGGAUUUAAGACCUCCGAACGUUCUUCGAGAUGUACAAGGAAAUUUUUUAAUCGCUGACUUUGGUAUAAGUCGAAAAUUAUUAAAUGAAACUUCGACACAUCGAAGCAUACAAAGAGGAGCUAAAGGUUGGAUAGCUCCAGAGUCAUAUGACGCAUCGGAUGAAUCAAUUGAUAAAGUUCGUUACAAAAAAGAGUCUGACAUUAUGAACGCAGGAAUGGUGGCUUACUAUGUUGCAACAAAGGGAAAACAUCCUUUUGGAAUUGAACGGCAUAGACUGGGCAACAUUUUGGAUGGAAACCCAGUUGGAUUGGACGAAAUCAAGGAUGCCACGUUCAAAGAUCUUUUAUCGUGGAUGCUACAGUUGAUACCUGAAGACAGGCCAUCUGCCGAUAAGGCGUUAAAGCACCCUUAUCUACUAUCAGACGAAGAGAAAUUUAACAUGCUGUGUGAUAUGGGGAACCAAUUGGAGGUGAAACAUUCACAAAGUCAAAAAUCUCCCACUUCAGACGUUCAUACGCAGUUGUAUGGUUCCACAGAAUGGAUGAAGCGUAUUGAUGAUGAAGUCGUCAAAGAUUUGAUCAACUUUGAAGUAAACGACAGUAUAAGAACUCUAAAGUACGAGUCUACAUGGGCAGGAUGCUUAAGAUUUAUACGAAACGUUCACCAACAUUGGCAAAAUAAGCCUCGUCAGCAUCUAUCACAAGAUGUGAAGCAAGGCAAUUAUAAAGAGUAUUUCCUGCAAGUUUUCCCGGAGCUUCCUCUUCUGGUGCACAAAGUCAUAAGGUCGACUGACGGCAAAUCCACCCCAAAUCUGAAAGAACACUUUGCUAAAUUGCAGUUGAAAGAAUGGAAGUAUUUUGAUCAAUCAAUAAAGCACAAAGAGAUGUUCUUAAAAUUAAUUAAGUAUGGACGCGACCCAGAUAUCAAGGUUAAAUGUGUAAACGACGUACGUGUAAUUUUCUCGGACGAGUUUUGCAUUGGCAAAGGAAAUAAUGAAACCCGUGUUUAUCUUGGACUGAACAAGGUUGGGUAUGGAAAAGCAGUAAAACGAGUACGUCGAGAUAACUGUAACAAAGAAACAGAGAACGAAAUGAAAAUUUUGAAUGAAAUCAAAGCAAAGAAGUCGAGUUAUGUUGUGAAUUAUUACCACUUUGAAGAAGAUACCGGAACUGAAUAUGUCUAUUUGAUACUUGACCUAUGUGAAGAAUCGCUGGAGAGUUUUGUAAAAUCUUCUACUUUGGAGGAUCUUCAACAAUCUCUUCCCGAAAUUCUCAAGCAAAUUUUAAAAGGAUUAGCUGAUCUUCAUAGUGAACCAAAUCCUAUUCUUCAUCGUGACUUAAAACCAUCUAAUGUUCUUCGAGAUUCACAAGGACAAUAUCUGAUAGCUGACUUUGGUAUUAGUCGAAUAUUGAUAAAUGGCCUUAAGACACAUGUAAGCGAUGCUACUAAGGGAACUCAGUAUUGGAUGGCUCCUGAAUCGUACGUUGUUAAUGAAGAAACAGUUGAUAAAGCGCGAUACAAACCAGAGUCUGAUGUAAUGAAUGCAGGAAUGGUGGCUUAUUAUGUUGCAACAAAAGGGAAACAUCCUUUUGGAUCUCCAGAGUAUAGACUGAAAAACUUGUUAGAUGGAAACCCUGUUGGCUUAAAGGAAAUCGACGAUGUUCAACUUAAAGAUCUACUUUCAUGGAUGUUACAACUUGUACCUGAACUAAGACCAUUAGCCAACGAGGCGUUAAAACACCCUUAUCUACAAUCCUAUGAGAAGAACUUUGAUAUGCUGUGUGAUGUGGCAAACCAACCAGGGAUAGAGAUACCGUAUUUAGGUCAUCCUCUUAACUCAGAUGUGCAUGAGCAGUUAAAUGGUCUAGAAAAUUGGAUGGACCGUAUUAAGCCUGAAGUCUUUAGUAAUUUCAAUAAAAGUCAAUACGACUCCACAUGGUUGGGUUGUUUAAAAUUUUUGCAAAACGUUCACCAGAAUUGGCAUGACAAACCAAUCAAUGAAAGCAACUAUAAAAAGUAUUUCUUACGAGUUUUCCCAGAGCUUCCUCUACUGGUGCAUAGAAUCACAAGGCAUAAUGAUCGGACAACAAGACCUGAUCUUCAAGAUCAUUUUACAAACUUGCAGUUGAAAGAAUGGAAGUGUUUUGAUCAAUCGAUAAAGCACAAAGAGAUGCUCUUAAAAUUGAUUAAGUAUGGACGCGACCCAGAUAUCAAGGUUGAACGUUUGAACGACGUACGUGUAAUUUUAUCGGACGAGUUUUGUAUCGGCAAAGGAAAUUAUGGAACCCGUGUUUAUCUUGGACUGAAAAAGGAUGGUUAUGGAAAAGCAGUGAAACGAAUUCGUCGAGAUAGCUGCAUGAAAAUAGCGGAGAAUGAAAAGAAAAUUUUGAAUGAGGGAAACGCAAAGUACUCGCAAUAUGUUGUGAAUUAUUCCUACUACGAAGAAAUCCUUGGAACAGAAUAUGUCUAUUUGAUACUUGAUCUAUGUGAAGAAUCGCUGGAGAGUUUUGUAAAAUCUUCUUUGGUGGAUCUUCAAAAAUCUCUUCCCGAAAUUCUCAAGCAAAUUUUAAAAGGAUUAGCUGAUCUUCAUAGAGGUCCGCGUCCAAUUCUUCAUCGUGAUUUGAAACCUUCCAAUGUUCUACGAAACGCACGAGGAAAAUUUCAGAUAGCCGACUUUGGUAUCAGUCGAGUAUUGAAGGAUGGCUCUAUGACAUAUACAAGCAACACUUACAGGGAAACUGAGUAUUGGAUGGCUCCUGAAUCAUAUCGUGAAAAUGAUGAGUCGGUUGAUAAAGCACGUUACAAAAAAGAGUCUGAUGUGAUGAAUGCAGGAAUGGUGGCUUAUUAUGUUGCAACGAAAGGGGAGCAUGCUUUUGGAACUGAAAAGAAUAGACUGAAAAACUUGUUAGAUGGAAACCCUGUAGGAUUGGAAGAAAUUGGUGAUUGUCAACUUAGAGAUCUUCUUUCAUGGAUGCUGCAACAUAAACCCGAAGACAGACCAUCUGCCAAAGAAGCGUUAAAACAUCCAUAUCUGCAAUCUGCUGAAGAGAACUUUGAUAUGUUGUGUGAUGUGGUGAAUCAACUAGAGAUAGAGAUAAGGGAUCCUCUUAACUCAGGUGUCCAUAAGCAGUUAAAUCAUCCAAAAAAUUGGAUGGACCGUAUCGACGUAGAAAUUUUUAACAAUUUCAAUGACUUUGACCUUACAUGGUUAGGCUGCUUAAAAUUUUUACAAAACUUUCGCGAGCAUUGGCAAGAUGAACCUCAUCCACAACUGCCGCCAAGUGAGGGGAACUAUAAAAAGUAUUUCCUGCAUAUUUUUCCGGAGCUUCCUCUUCUGGUGCACAAAAUCAUAAUGUAUAUCGAAGGGAAAUCCACUCCAGCUCUGAAAAAACACUUUGCUAACUUGCAGUUGAAAGAAUGGAAGUAUUUUGAUCAAUCAAUAAAGCACAAAGAGAUGUUCUUAAAAUUAAUUAAGUAUGGACGCGACCCAGGUAUGAGGGUUAAAUGUGUGAACGACGUACGUGUAGUUUUCUCGGACGAGUUUUGCAUUGGCAGAGGAAAUAAUGAAACCCGUAUUUAUCUUGGACUGAGCAAGGAUGGUUAUGGAAAAGCAGUGAAACGAGUAUUUCGAGAUAACUGUACCAAAGAAGCAGUGAACGAAAUGAAAAUUUUGAAUGAAAUCAAAGCCAAGAAGUCGAGUUAUGUUGUGAAUUAUUACCACUUUGAAGAAGAUACCGGAACUGAAUAUGUCUAUUUGAUACUUGACCUAUGUGAAGAAUCGCUGGAGGGUUUUGUAAAAUCUUCUACUUUGGAGGAUCUUCAACAAUCUCUUCCCGAAAUUCUCAAGCAAAUUUUAAAAGGAUUAGCUGAUCUUCAUAGUGAACCAAAUCCUAUUCUUCAUCGUGACUUAAAACCAUCUAAUGUUCUUCGAGAUUCACAAGGACAAUAUCUGAUAGCUGACUUUGGUAUUAGUCGAAUAUUGAAAAACGGCCUUAAGACACAUGUAAGCAAUGCUACUAAGGGAACUCACUAUUGGAUUGCUCCUGAAUCGUACGUUGAUGAAGAGUCAUUUGAUAAAGCACGAUACAAACCAGAGUCUGAUAUAAUGAGUGCAGGAAUCGUGGCUUAUUAUGUUUCAACAAAAGGGAAACAUCCUUUUGGACCUCGAGAAGAUAGACUGAAAAACUUGCUAGAUGGAAACCCUGUUGGAUUGAUGGAAAUCGAUGAUGUUGUACUUAAAGAUCUUCUUUCAUGGAUGCUACAACAUUUACCAGAAGACAGGCCAUCUGCCAAAAAGGCGUUAAAACACCCUUAUCUACAACCAGACGAAGAGAAAUUUAACAUGCUGUGUGAUAUGGGGAACCAACCGGAAAUGAAACAAUCACAAGGUCAGAGUUCUCCAAAUGCAGAUGUUGUUGCGCAAUUGUAUGCUCCCAUUGAAUGGAUGACGCGUAUCGAUGAUGAAGUCUUGAAAGAUUUCAAAACCUUUAAAAAGAAUGUCAAAAAGAAAACUCUGACUUACGAGCCUACAUGGGCAAGAUUACAAGAAUUUCGUGAAAGAAAAAAGAACCAAGAAUUGAAGCUGCAUGAAUGGAAAUACAAUGAUAAAUCGACAAAACAUAAGGAAUUGUUUUUAAAAUUAAUUGAGUAUGGGAAAGACCCUAAUGUUGAGGCUAAACAUGUGGACGAUGUACGUGUAAUUUUCUCAAAAGAGUUUUUACUUGGUAAAGGAAGUGAUGGAACCCGUGUUUAUCUUGGACUGGGAAAGGAUGGUUACGGUAAAGCAGUGAAACGAAUUCUUCGUGAUAAUACUUAUUUGGCACAGCAAGAGGAAAAAAUUUUUAAUGAAAUCAAUGCUAAGAAGUCGGAUUAUAUGCUAAAUUAUUACUGCUCGAGAGAAGAUACAAUAACAGAAUAUGUCCAUUUAAUUCUCGAUCUAUGUGAAGAAUCUUUGGAAGAUUUUGUUCUAUCCGAAUCAAAUAGUUUAGAUUAUCUUCAAAAAUUACUUCCCGACAUUUUGAAGCAAAUAUUGAAAGGCUUAGUUGAUCUUCACAGCGAUCCACGUCCCAUUCUUCAUCGAGAUUUGAAACUUUCCGAUGUACUCCGAGACAGACAAGGCAAAUUUUUGAUAGCCGAUUUUGGUAUUAGUCGAAUUGUGAAGAAUGACUCUCAGACAUAUGUAGGUGAUGCUAAUAGGGGAACUCAGUAUUGGAUUGCCUCUGAAUCUUAUGUUGAGGAUAAAAAAUUAUUUGAUAAAGCGCGUUACAAAACAAAGUCUGAUGUAAUGGUAGGUAUUGGGUUGUUACUAUUUGCAAAUUGUGCGUAA